AUGCAAUCGGGGUUUUGGGGCUCUCCUUUUGGCACCACUGUCAACAAGCAGACGGCCUUUGGUAACCAGCCAGGUAUCUCCACACUCCUCAUUCUACCACGACUGGCUUUGGAGGUCCCACUGGGAUCCCUAGCACUGGGAACUAGCUCACCAGUUACAGGUACCACGACAGGCCCACAGACCGUCGUGGGGCCUGCAGUCCCGAGUGGCUCACCACUCACGGCUACCACCACAGGACCACAGAUGAUUGUGGGGCCUGUAGGCCCUCGUAACACUACAGGUCCACAGACUUUUGUUGGGCCUGCAGUCUCCAGUUGCUCACCACACAGCUACAACUACAUGUCCACAGACGCGUCAGGAGCAUUCAACGUUGGAGCUGGACUGAAGGCGACAUCCAGCACCCCUUCGGCUCGUCCUCUUGGUCAGAUAGCCUCCAAUCCAUCGCAUGGAAGUCCAGCUGCUGCUAUAGCAAGGGCAAGUACUGUCCCAGUAUUGGGACAUGCUUCUCGUGCCACUUUCAAUCCAGGCACCAGGGACCCACCUGCCCAAAUCACAGGCGGUACUGUGAUGGGAAACACCACCAUUCCCCCUGUUGGAGGCGCUGGUGCGCCCACUGCCAGUACGUGUCCCCAAGGAUCACUGGGACAAACAAAAUCCAGGUGUCUUCGCCCUCCCCGCCGCCGGCCCCUGCCCGGCCGCAGCCGCCCGCUGGGCACCCCUGCCUGUGACACCGCCCGUCCUGGCCGCGACCACCCUGCCGUGCCUGCCCCUGCCCCCUGCUCUGGGCGCAGGCCAUUCCCCCGGGAUCGCAGGCCCCUACCGGCUCGCUGCCACGGGGAGCCCAGGAGGCGGUACCCGCUCCCUCAGGCCGCGGGCCCCCCUCUGGGCCUCCUCCCCGUGCUGAACUGGAGGGACCCUCCGGGCCAACCGGGGCUGUCUGCGCGCAGUUCCCUGGGGUGCCGGCCCUCGAGGACUGGGAGGAUCCCUGCUCUGGGGCGCGCGUUCAGGCGCCUGCAUUCACUACCUGCACAGGGAGCCAAGGCUGCCAGUCAGGUACCAUCCCCUCCCCGCCCCCUUUGCAGCCCACAGGGGACGGAGGACAAGGUCCCAGAGCACCCCGGAGAACAGACCGAGGCUCUUGGUGGGAGUGGCCGCCCCCGGAGCAGUGGGGGGACACCCUGGACAUCCGAGCCCCCGGGCACCAGUGGCGUUCCCAGCCUCCGGCAAGCCAGCCCUGCAACUCUGGACCGACGUCUCGUGCCCUCCGGAGAGAGCUCGUGGGACAGCACCCCGAGGGCUCCGAGGUCCUCCUCUGAAGGCCGUGUUGCCACCUCUUCACGUGGUCCCGUGGGAGAUGCCCUCGCGAAGGCCGACAGGGAUGCGGCGGUGCUCUCGGGCCCAAGCCCAAGCUGCCCCUUGCCGCAGGGGACGUGCACCGAGGAGGCGGAGGCUGGAGACCAUCGGCCUGUGCAGAGCACGCGGGGCGGGUCGAGGAGGGACACGCAGGCUCAGAAGCCGUCGGGCGUGUCACCGCGGAGCCCUCUGCCACCAGCACGUGCCAGCAGCAGGCAGAACAAGCGGAAAAUAGCCAUGCCUCUCUGUCUGCCACUGCCGCCACCACUGCCACUGCUGUGGGAUCGAGGGGACUUGCCCGCACCCCCGAAGCUUCCUUGCCUUGCUCUUGACAAGAACCUGGGCACCUUGCCGAACACCGAGUGUCCGAGGAACAAGCUCUUGAAGGACAGAACCAAGAUCGCGGCAGGCUGCUGGGCCGCUCGGCCUGCCCCUUGCUCCCCGCCACUUGCCUCGGAGGCUGCAGGCUCCCCGCCCGCGGCCGCUCCCGCUGCCCAAGUCCCUGCUCCUCCCACCGCCUCGGCUGACCCUUCUGCCAGGCCCCCGACCCUCUCUGUCCCGCCGGCUUCCCCAACACAGCCUGGUGCUCGGGAAACAGGACCCGGAGUCCCGAAAUCUCCUCCCCUUGCUCUUCCUGCUGAUGCUCUUCCUGCCCUUACUUCCAGCCCCAUUAGGGAAACUCCACUUCGCGGAGGUCCUCUUCCUCCAGGCAGGGCUACAGCACCGACCUCUGACCGCCCCACACCUUCGAGCACCUCAACCUCCUUACACCCACCCUCCUGCGCAAAAGAAUCCCCAACCCCUAUGUGUGUAGACUCUCCCCCUCUUUUCCUAACGACCCCUCUUCCAGGCCGCUCCACAGGGAGCUCUGUCGUUGCAGUCCGGCCUGGCACCUCUAAACCGACUUCUUCUACCAUCGCAGCAAAGUCAUCUACUUUGACCUCCAAGCCUAUUUCAAAUCCUGCUGUCGUGGACAUGGACACUACGUCUCCUUCCCGGGCUGUCAUCGUCCGCGCGCCCCCACACUCCAGCAUGAGCUGUCCUCCGUGUUCCCGGGGCCAUCGCAGUAUGAAGCGCAGAUGCCCUGCGAAAGUUGCAGCCUCCGCCAGUCUACCUGCGUCGAUGGCCCCCGGCCCCACCCCACUUCCUGAUCAACUCUUCAGCCUCCACAUCACCCCUCAGCCCACACAUGGGACUCUUGCUGGGAGGCAGCCAACAGCUUUUCUUCCCGGUGCUCCUAUCGCCACUGGCUUGCCCAACCUGAGUUCUGGAGCCACCACCACUCCAGUGGGCAGCACCUCUGCAAACCUCAACCCUCACUCUGACCCCGAUGCCAUGGAUACCACAUCUCCCUCCCGGGCUGUCAUCUUCCACACCCCCCCUGGGUCCCAGAAGAACCGCUUGCCACUUUACAAGGCGCUUCCUGCUUCUGGCAACACACCACCCAGUAGCAGCACUGCCUUGGCCCAUGGCUCUACCACUUUACCUCAAAAGUCAGCCGUCAUACAGGCCUCCGUUUCGAUGCAUCCUAACCCAGGAAUCGCCCCUCACUCUGACCCCGAUGCCAUGGAUACCACAUCUCCCUCCCGGGCUGUCAUCUUUCACUCCCCCCCUGGGUCCCAGAAGAACCACUCGUCAUUUUACAAGGUACGUCCCGGUUCUGGCAACACACCACCUACCAGCAGCACUGCCUUGGCCCACGGCUCUACCAGUUUCCCUCAAAAGUCGGCCAGCAUACAGACCCCCGUUCCGAUGCAUCCCAACCCAGGAAUCGCCUCUCAGCCCACAAUUGGAGGUCACAAUGGGCAACAGCCUAACAAUUCCUCCCUGUUAGGAAAAACAGUUGCCCCAACACAGGCUAUCGGCCUGGCCACUCCUAUAACUCAGCCACCCGGAGGGACCACAAUGCAAUCGGGGUUUGCGGGCUCUCCUUUUGGCACCACUGUCAACAAGCAGACGGCCUUUGGUAACCAGCCAGGUAUUCUCCACACUCCUCGUGCUACCACGACUGGCUUUGGAGGUCCCACUGGGAUCCCUAGCACUGGGAACGGUAGCUCACCGGUUACGGGUACCACGACAGGCCCACAGACCGUCGUGGGGCCUGCAGUCCCCAGUCGCUCACCAGUAAAACCUAACACCACAGGCCCUCAGACCUUUGUGGGACCUGCAGUCCCGAGUGGCUCACCACGCCCGGAUACCACUACAGACACACAGAUGUUGGCGGGACCUGCAAUCCCCAUGGAUGGGCUUAAUGUGUCCACACCAGGGUCCAUUCCCUCACAGGCAUCAGGAGCAUUCAACGUUGGAGCUGGACUGAAGGCGACAUCCAGCACCCCUUCGGCUCGUCCUCUUGGUCAGAUAGCCUCCAAUCCAUCGCAUGGAAGUCCAGCUGCUGCUAUAGGAAGGGCUAGUACUGUCCCAGUAUUGGGACAUGCUUCUCGUGCCACUUUCCAUCCAGGCACCAGGGGCCCACCUGCCCAAAUCACAGGCGGUACUGUGAUGGGAAACACCACCAUUCCCCCUGUUGGAGGCGCUGGUGCGCCCACUGCCAGUACGUGCCCCCAAGGAUCACCAGGAAGAACAAAAUCCGGGGAAGGACCCCCCCCCAAGCCACAGCACUUCUCCGUGUGGAAACGCCACCACCACAAAGGCACCCGGGGCCCACCUGCCCAGCAGGUAAGUGGUGUGAAGGCGGGGAACAACAUCACUCCCACGACUGGAAGACCUGGAAUUCCUGCUUUAUGUCAGCAUACCGGGGGCCCACCUGAUGCAAGCACAGAUGAGAACAUCAUCGUGUCUAUGAUGGCAGCCCUCUGUAUCGGCAACCGCCCUCAGACCCCUGGGGGCCUACCUGUGUCUAAGGCCCCUGGUGCUCCCGGGAACAGCACCGUACCUACUGCGACUGGACAUCAUCACGGUCCCCCAUUCCUACAGAGCACACAGAACCCCCGCAAGCCACAGCACUGGUGGUGCAAUGGGGGAUACCGCCAUGCCUUUUAG